UGCAUUUUUGACAGAAAUCAUAAAAUUUUUGUAUGGUUCUUCACUUUUGUAGAUAGAAAUUUAUCAAUGUUGUUGAUGUUUACGAGUACCAAGUGCGUACCGCGUAUGACUUGUACUUAUAAUUAGCUGGUUUUACAUAAGAGUACCCACUUUAGAAAUAAUUAACAGCCGAAUAUGCCACAAUAAUGCAAUCUAUUCCAAAGGUUGUGUCGAUUCAAAUGAUAUAAUUUUUAAACAAAAUGGCUACAGCCUUUAUACCCGAAACCAACGACGAACUGUGGAGAGAGUGUGCCUCCUGGCUUACGAGAUGGGAAAUAUUGAGGCACGAUCAUAAAGCUAACUGGCCCGACAGUAAAAUUGCUGAUCUUGCCAGUAUACUUCGAGACGGUGUAUUGCUGUGCAGGCUGGUAAAUAAAAUCGACCCAGGCUGCAUAGACAUGAAGGAGGUGAAUUUAAAACCUACAAUGGCUCAAUUUUUAUGUCUACGCAAUAUUAACUUGUUUUUGAAAACCUGCAAAGAAAAUUUCGGGAUUUCGGAUUGCUUUGAGGAUACAAUGUUAUUUGACUUGACUAACUUUCAUAAAGUUCUUUGCACAUUGUCCAAAUUAUCGUUAUGUCCAAAAGCUUUGAGUAGUGAUAUUGAGGGAUUUUCUUCACAAAAGCUAAAAACAAGAGAGGAAGAUGUAAUAUAUCAAAGUUUAAAAUCUGUUCAACCAGUGCAUAGAGGCUUAGAAAUUAUCGAAAGCGAUUGUGGAAUAUCACACGAAGAGAUCUAUCAAGAUUUGCUUGUAGUGCGCUCUAGUAUUGAGCAACCCCAACCCUUAGAAAAACGAGACUUUGUAAUAAAGGAGUUACUAGACACUGAGAAGAAUUAUGUAGACGUCUUGAGCAAGUUAAAAAAUAGUUUUAUGAUCCCCCUGUGUAACUUGAUGAGGUCCGAGGAGCAUAGUGUUGUUUUUCAUAAAAUUAAGGAGCUUUAUGAAAUCCAUUCGUCGUUUUUGCACGAACUGACUAGGACGAAAACGAACCCUAACGUUAAACUUUGUAGCGUUUUUUUACAAUUUAGAGAGAAAUUUUUAAUAUACGGAAGUUAUUGUGCCAAUUUGACUAGGGCCACCACGCUUUUGCAGGAACUAUGCGAUCAGAACGAGGCAUUUAAUCAGGCUGUCAUUAAAUACGAAAAAGAAGUUAAUAAUGGAAGGUUUAAAUUAAGAGACGUAUUAUCAGUACCGAUGCAACGAAUAUUGAAGUACCAUUUAUUUCUAGAAAAACUAAUUGAAAAUACCGACGUGAACCAUGACGAAUAUGCUGAUUUACGAAAAUCGAGGGAAGCCAUGCUGGAUGUAGCCGGUUAUAUUAACGAGUCCGCCAGGGAUGUUGAGCAUUUAAACGUGAUCAACAAUCUCCAAGAAAAUAUAGUUGAAUGGGACCAUGAUCCGUAUUUGAAGUUAUCGGACUAUGGAAAGCUAAUUAAAGAUGCCGAAUUGAAAAUCAAGGCUCACGACGAUCAGAAAACCAGAAAUCGAUACGUGUUUAUUUUCGAUAAAUCGAUAUUGAUUUGUAAACAGUUAAGGGGUAACCAGUUCGCCUACCGCGGCAUAUUAAAUAUAGUAGAAUAUCACGUAGAGGAAAUACACAACCGUCCCAUUUUAAACAAAGACGCCAGAUGGUCGUAUAAUUUUCUACUAGUUAAAAACGAGCGUCAGAUGGCCUACACGAUUUUCGUAAGAUCCUUGGAAUUGAAAGAACAAAUAAUAAAGGCUAUAAAUGACGCUUUGGAUAACAUCCAGCCUAAGUCCCUAACACUCACUACUCAUAAUUUUCAACUAAAUACCUUUCAAACCCCCGUUCAAUGCGGAUAUUGUUAUAAAUAUCUUAAGGGCCUUAUAUUUCAAGGGUACGUCUGUAUCAUAUGCAAAUUUUCCGUCCAUAAGGAUUGCAUUCAGUUUAGUGGGAAAUGUGGAGUUUCAACUACUAGGACAAACGGUUUUUCUAACGGUAUAAACGAAAACGAUCCCCUAAGAGAUAAGUUAUGGUAUGUAGGGGAAAUGAGAAGAGAGACUGCCGAACUUAAACUAGCAAAACGAGAAAACGGCACUUUUCUAGUGAGAAUUAGGCCUAACAUGGACAAGGAUACGUAUGCCCUAACAUUAAAAACUGAUAAUACAGUCAAACACAUGAAAAUAUGUUCAACCAAUGACGGGUUAGGAGAUUCAAAGAAGUACUAUUUGUCACAAUCGAAGUUUUUUAGCAGUAUCGAUGAGUUAAUAUUGAAUUAUCAGAAUUGUAGCUUAAAGGAAAACUUUGACAAACUUGGAGAUAAUGCAAUGCUUCUUUAUCCUUACCACCAGUUAAAAGCUGUAGUUUUAAGGAAUCACACUGCUCAAGACAGGACGCAGCUGAAUAUACAGGAAGGUCAAGUGAUUCAUAUUAUUGGCAAGGAAGGAUACAGGGAUGGUUGGUGGAAAGGACGUACAAGAAAUAAUGAGGUUGGAUACUUGCCAGUAAGUUUAAUAAGAUUAGAGGGUCAAGUUAGAUUCGACUAAUAAAAGAAAGAUAUUUAGCAAAACUAGUCAAAUACGUAAAAGGAGGAAUCAUUUUAUAAUUAAAAGUUGUAUGUUCGAAUACAAAAAGUAAAGUGUUAUUAAAGCUGAGUAUGCUUGUUACAUAAGUGAUGUUUUAUUUAAUUAAUUUAUCACUUUAUAUAACAAGAAUUGCUAUAGUGUGUCCAACGAAAGGAAAUAUUUCGACAGACGAUAUCUAAAAAAUUACAGAAAAGACAAUUUGUCUGUUGGAUCCCCCCAUUGGACAGAUUAUAGUAAAUAACCAGUACUUUGUUCAACGACUCGAAUAAUGUACACACAAUGACAGUAUUUUAUCGAAAUAAGUGUUCUUUUUUAUUGAACGUAGAGUUUAAGAUUAUCUGUAAUAUUAUUUGUUACAGUAACGUUUAUACAAUUUUUUUUAUAAUAACAAAUGUGGCGUUUUUUGUUAAGAAUCUCAAUUAAAUUCCUAGAUCAUAUAUACUUUGUGGUAUGUAAGUAAACAGCAGGUGAAGCUGUCGUAAACAUAUCAACGACGUACUUUGAUCCCUGAUUGAAAGAGUUGGGAAAAUACAAGUGCUGUACGGUGGAGCCCCCACUUAUUUUGCGACCAACGCA